AUGUUUCACUUAAUUGUAUACACACAAGAAAGCAUUAAUCGUGUUAAUAAUUUUUUGACCGUAUUUGAAAAUAUAUACGAUCGAAAUGGAAAUAAAAUUUCAAAACAAAGUCAACCAGAGGGAAAUGAAAAAAAGGAUGACAUUAAUGAUAUCUUUCUUCAAGUUGAAAAUGUGAAUGACAAAAAGCCGAAAGAAAAGGAACUUAUCAAGCAGAAAUGCACCAAAAAAAUUGGACAAGAAAAGAUACAACAUUACACAUCCACCUUUUUGCAGCUAUAUAUAAAUGAUGAGAAGAAUUUUGAUUUGUAUCUAAUAGAAGAGGAAGAGGAAGAAGAAGUAGCAGCAGUAGCAGAAGCAGGAGCAGAAGCAGCAGUAGCAGCAGAAGCAGGAGCAGCAGCAGGAGCAGCAGCAGGAGCAGCAGCAACGGAAAUAGAAGGAGAGGGGGGAAGUGGAGGAGUAGGAGGGAGUGAUGGCACGAAAGAUGUUAUCUCAGAAACUGUAGAAAAAGUAGAAACCCCUGGUUCUCUAAGGAGAGAAAGCAAUGAAAUGGAAAGUAAAGACACACAUAUGAACCAAAAGCGAAUGAAGAAAGGUGUGGAGAAACGAGUCAAAAGUGCAGAAGUAAAAUGGUUAAAAGAAGAAACAGAAAAACGAGGGAAAAACGGAAAUAAACAGAAAGAUUCUCAUCGUCAAGAUGACCACAAGGCGAAGAGAGUGAAUCUCCCCCUACAUAGAUCUCAUAUGUUAUUCAUUUUGUCUCUACCGUCUUAUUUUCCCUUUUAUCACUUCCAUCGCAUCAUAAGCACAUACAUGGAUUUUAUAGUCCAAAUAAAAGUUUUUCACGUGCACAGCAAUAUAUCAUUUUUAGAUGAAGAGGAAUCAUGUGGAUGGGACACUUACCAGGACAAGAACGAAGCGAUGGACGCAGCGAAGGAGAAAUUAUAUGUACACGUUCAGGUGAGAAAAGCAGAAAUGGAAGGAGUAGAUGAAAGUACAGGAAGCAAUAAACUUGUAGAAGAGCAUCCCAUUUGUUCUUUGAAAGAACGCACUGAAUUUUAUCCCUCUUGCAAAUCUUUACGAAAGAUAAGUGAAAUCAAAAAUGAAAUCGACGAAUCGGUGAGAGAAAAACAUGAAUCAGCAUGUACCCCAAUUGGUUAUCUAGAAAAAAGUAAAGAGACAUCCACCAUUGAAAUGUUAAAAAGGAGGAACAUCAAUAAUGAUGAGGUGCAUAGAAAUGGAAAGAAAUCAGACAAAUUAGAUAAAUCCGAUAAAUUAGAUAAAUCCGAUAAAUUAGAUAAAUCCGACAAAUUAGAUAAAUCCGAUAAAUUAGAUAAAUCCGACAAAUUAGAUAAAUCCGACAAAUUAGAUAAAUCCGAUAAAUUAGAUAAAUCCGACAAAUUAGAUAAAUCCGACAAAUUAGAUAAAUCCGAUAAAUUAGAUAAAUCCGACAAAUUAGAUAAAUCCGACAAAUUAGAUAAAUCCGAUAAAUUAGAUAAAUCCGACAAAUUAGAUAAAUCCGAUAAAUCAGAUAAAUCUGAUAAAUUAGAUAAAUCCGAUAAAUACAUCGAAUGUGUUGAGUGUGAUGAGAUUUCCAAAUGCAGAGAACGGUUGGGGUCCCAUUUGUCAGAAAUUUUGUGCGUGGAAGAACCCUCAGGUGUGCAGGAAAAAAUACAGGACGUGGUGAAAAAAAAUUUUAAAAAAAAAUUAAAAAUUAAAAAUUACUCAGUACUCAUUAUCUUCAAAACGCAGAUAUAUGCAGACAUGUUCUAUAGAGAAUAUCACUGCACGAAUUUGGACCUCUUCUCAAAGGAACAGAAGAGACAACAGGAAGAUGAUGGGUCCCCCAUGGGAGGAGAGUGGAAGGAAGUAGACAACACAUUUUCUUCUAUCCUAUACCCAGAUUGGUAUAUAUACUGUGCAUUCGUUAAUCUUAUACACUAUAUUGUCGAUGGUGUACAGGUGCAGAUGUGUCAAGUUGAUGGAAAUGGCCCCAUUGAUUACACUGUCGAGGUGGGAAUUCCAAAUGUUGGAAGCACGAACGUGGAAGUCAUCAAUAGGAACGAGUAUGGUUCACAUCCCUCAGAUGCAAAAAAGGCAAGCUUCGCAAUGAUCCAUAAUGAUGAAGCGCUUGCGUUAAGAGUAGAAAAAACGGAUAUACAUAAAAAUGAGAGAAAAUGUGAAAAAAUGGUAGAAGAAAGAUUAAACGAACACAUCAGCAGUGACUUAUUUGAUAUAAAUAAUUAUGAAAAUUGUUUUAAAAAAAUCAUAACAGAUGGUAAUAUAUGUAUAUCGACAUGUGUUUUAUGUAUAGAAUUGUUACAUGACGAACUGCAUUUUAUUCUAACCAGAAACAAGAAAUGGAAUUUAAUUAAAAAAAGAAAUAACAACAGAAUACAGGAUUAUAUUAACAUUUCAUGUAAUGUUUGUUCUUUAAUUUUUUUGUAUGAUUCUGUAUCAAAUUUUGUGGGAAAUACUUCUUCAAAUGAUUCAUCCACAGGAUUGGACAUGAACAUGGAAAAGUUAAGUUCAGCAUUGCUUCUAAACACAGAGAAUCAUAGGAAAAAGGACGAACUUUUGGUAAAAAUGAAAAAUAAAAAAAACAUGCAUCGAAUGAACCGGAUUGGCAUAACUCAUCAUGAAGGGUUCGCAUGUGUCACCACAUCGAAUCUCAGCAAGGGCAAGGACAGGUCAGUUGGAGAAGAAGCGGGGCCGGAUCGAGAAGAAGCUGGGCCAGAUGGAGAAGCAGAACAACCCAGUGCGGAGGUCACCCCAGGAAGACACAAAAGUGAACUCAUUUUAAAAAGGAGGGGAAAAAAAAAUAUAUCUGAAGAAAAAACAAAACUGUGCGAAGAAAAAACAAAACUGUGCGAAGAAAAAACAAAACUGUGUGAAGAAAAAACAAAACUGUGUGAAGAAAAAACAAAAUUGUGUGAAAUAAUUAGCACCUUGAAAUGCAGAUACUGUAACAAUGUGGAUGACAUUUGGUUAUGUCUCAUAUGUGCAAACAUUGGAUGCGGAAGAUAUCAGAAUAGUCACGCGAAAAUGCACAGUACGUUGUAUAAUCACCAUUAUUGCAUAAACAUGAGGACUAAAAAAAUUUGGAAUUAUAUGAAGGAGACCUUUAUAGAAGUAAAAAUAGACGAAGACUAUCAAAUCGAAGCAACUGGUGCGUGUUGUUUAGUGAACAAUAAAUUUAACUGUAAGGAACACAAUAGAUACUGCAACUUGUCCACCACAAGGAGCAAUGAGCUAAUGAGUGAGAAAUACAACACAUACUAUAAUUAUGAAGAGGAGGGAAUAUUUGACGAAGAUGUUGAUGAUGCACCCAUAAAUUUGUACAUGGAUGCAAAUAUGUAUGAAUAUAAUAGUCACAUAUACAAUAAAAUAUUCGACAUAUUUACUGAUGAUACAUAUAUCAGUGACAGUUUAAAAAAUGAACUCUUAUACAUUUUGUAUUCUCAACUGUCGCAUGAAUCGAAUGUGUACAAUAAUAGCCUUAUUGAACUCCAUUGCAAGUAUAUGAACAGAAUCGAUUUGGAAAAAAAAAAAAUAAAAAAUCUACAUGAAGUAAUUAGCCACAUAAAAAAUCAAAACAAAAAGAUAGAAAAUUGUAUGAGACGCGUGGAGGUUUUCAUAAAAACAAAAAACAAUGAAAAGGCGCAAAUUCAAGAAAAGAUUAAAUUCCUACGGGACCUCAACAACAACAUCAUUUUACAGAAAAGGGGAAUUGUUGCCCCCAAGGAUUCCAAUGAUUCGAGGGAUGGCACAGAUGCAAAAGCGUCCAAGAAUUCCUUAAACUUCAAGAAUUCCAAAAAUUCAAAAAACUCAAAAAGUUCAAAAUGUGGCAAAACCACCCCGAAUGGAAAAAGUGACCAAACCGUCAUGGUUUCCAAAAACCAAGAGGACAAUGAUUCCAAGAAGAUAAAGAGAUUGGAUGAGACCAUACGGUCUCUACAAAACCAGGUGAAUGAGUUAUUGAGUGAACUGUGA